UCCUAGCUAGUUGAGAGCACGUUCUUGUGGAAGAUGCAUGAUCUGCACAGCAAUGAAGCAAGCACUGAAGAUGGUGUGUGGCUUACUCCUGACGGGACAGAAAACAUCCUUUCUGUGAAGCUACAACAACAUGCGAUGCACUGGCAGAUGAAAUACGAUUGGUACGUAGUUUUUCUUUGCAUGAUGUUAUAUAAAGUGUUAUUCCAAGUCCUAAUUUCGUUGCUUUAGCUGUCCGAACCCUUCAAAGUUUUUGAAUUUGACUUUUGGAAACGACCAGAUAGUCAUCGUGAAACAAAGCUUGAGAUAAAAGCAACUGCUUAUGGGCAUGCUCAUGCUAUUAUUUCAUGGUGGGUGCUUCAACUGGAUUCUGCUGGAUCAGUCUUUUACUCAACGGCUCCUAGAUGGGUGGGACAAUCGAGUGGUGUGGAUCUACCACAAUGUGUCAAUGUUGCUAGGCAUGGAGGAUUGGUGUGAUCAUGGAAGCAGUGUGUUUGGUUUAUACAAGGGACAGGGGCUCCUGCUACGAAACAUCAAAUUCUUGCCUUGAUAGCUAGUCAUGACAAAACUAGUAUCUCAUAUCACUUGAAUAUGAAUGAUGAAGUAAGCAGUACAAGCCCCAAAGGUGACCAUCUAACAUUGUUGCCAGAAAGGAUAGCACUUUAUGGUGAUAAAGCUUGGAGAUCAGCAUUGAUAGGUGCAGUUAGAAAUGCUAUGAGUGGAAGGUCUUCUCCAACCUGCAUUGUGGCUGAUGAUAGUGUGCUACUGGCUCUCAUAGUUUCUUCUCUGUUACCAUCUUCAAAAGUUAUUACGAUGUUUCCUGGUCUUAGGGACAAGGGUUUCAACUAUCUUCGAGCUGUUGCAGAUGCAAAUAAUUUUUCCAUGGACCGGAUUAAAGUCAUUGGUAAAAAAGCCUCAUCCCUUUCUAUGAAUGACUUGAAAGAUGAAAAGAUUAAUCUAGUAGUAGGGGAACCUUUCUACCAUGGAAAUGAAGGGAUGCUGCCAUGGCAAAAUCUGCGUUUCUGGAAUGAAAGAACUCUGCUUGAUCCAUUGCUAUCUGAGGAUGCAUUCAUCAUGCCUUGUAAAGGAAUAUUAAGGUUAUGUGCCAUGUCACUUCCGGAUUUGUGGAGAAGCCGUUGCAGCCUUAAAGAUGUUGAGGGCUUUGAUCACUCGGUUGCUAAUGAUACUUUUGGAGCCUGUGGUGAUCUGCCUGGAGAGCAACAAGGCCCUUGCCUGCCAUAUUACGUGUGGCAAUGCGGUUAUACCAAGAAAUUAAGUAAAGUCUACUCUCUCGUGGACUUUAACUUUUCUGAGCCUAUUCACUCUUGCUUUGGCAAGACAAAGAUCAAGUUUGCCCAUGAUGGAAUAUGCCAUGGUUUCGCAGUUUGGAUUGACUGGGUACUUGACGAGAAAAAUCCGAUUGUGAUAAGCACUGGACCAGAGAGCAGAUACUGGAAGCAAGGAGUGCAGCUGCUUAGCAGGCCUGUGCAAGUGAAUCCAGUGAGUUCAGUGAUGCAUGUUGAGGCGCAUUUCGAUCCUGGCACGGCGGAGCUCGUGUUUAAAUCCAUGGUAUCGUGAUGUGAUCAUGUGGUGCAAAUUCUAUGUGUGACCAACCAAGCUCUUGCAUGUGUAGAACUUUGGUAGUAGAGCUUUGCUCGUUUGGUUUUGUUGGUCAGCAGCUCCUGAUGUGGGUUACGUUCCCUGUGAUUACAGGGACCUUGAUCAGAUCUGCUACAAUACUGUGUGUGCUUAGUAUGUGGGCAGGGCUAAUAAGGUGGUUGAGCUCUAUCUGAAUCAUCACAGGGCACUGUAAUCACAGGGCAGUACAAUGACUGUAAUAUACCCAAGAAUCAUCACAGUCAACCAUUCGGCGACGUAGGCUUUGUAUUCGAGGAGCACCCAA